UAACAAUAAUAUUUCACACUUCACAAUAACACUGCAUUUACUUUUACUUUUACUUUUACAUUUCCACACACACCAAAACAUUUGCAUUUGCCCAUAUAAUAAUUCAAAUUCAGGGCAAACAAACUGCAAACCUUGUACUCCGAGGCUGCUGACCACUCGCUGCCUAUGCCAAGGUCCUCGUGCAGGUGCCAUGUAGGUACGAUACGUGGACUGUCAUAUGCAGCCUUGGUUCACUAUUAAUCCUUAAUGUAGGCAGGUCAUCAGCGCUCUGACUUGUUUAAAAUGUUCAACACCAGCUGACUUAAUCCCAUCUUUAGUUUAUAUAGCCUUAUAGUUGCCUCGUCAUCUGCCUAUUUCAUCCACCCACUCAUCUAUCUAUAUGCCACCACGAGUCUUAGAUUUAAACCUCGACUCGUCCGUUUACCUACACGCUUAGGGUGCAGUACAAACAAAUCUCCGAAUACCUUCACCGUACCAUAUAAGACACCAAGAAACAAGAAGACGAAGCAACAAGGUCAAAGGCAACCACGACACGAUGAGGGAUCCUUUCCCCAUCCCGCCUAUCCCGGCGCUGAGCAAGGCUGUCCAGCCUGUGGCCGACUACCUUCACUUACCGACGCUACCACUACACAUCCACGAGGUUGUGUUGAUGGCCGCUUUCUAUCACUUCAUCCACAGCGUCGUUUCCCCUAUUAUAUCGAGUCGACUCUUUCCCGUUCGAUACACAGCCCUUUCUCGCAGCAAGAAGCUGAGUUGGGACGUCCAUGUCGUGUCCUUCAUACAGAGCACCACCAUCAACGCUCUUGCGUUAUGGGUCAUGUUCGUUGACGAUGAGCGUAAGAACAUGGAUUGGCAGGAGCGUAUAUGGGGCUACACCGGUGCCUCAGCCAUGAUUCAGGCACUCGCGGCUGGUUAUUUCCUCUGGGAUCUCAUCAUUACCGCCUCGAACAUUAACAUCUUCGGUCUGGGUAUGCUCGCACACGCUAUUAGUGCUCUGGCGGUCUAUUCUUUCGGAUUUCGACCAUUUGUCAACUACUACAGCACCAACUUCAUCCUAUGGGAGCUUUCUUCGCCCUUCCUCAACAUCCAUUGGUUCUUUGAUAAGCUGGGUAUGACUGGAUCUCGUGCUCAACUAUACAACGGUCUGAUGCUCAUCGCUACCUUUUUCUCCUGCCGUCUCGUAUGGGGUACAUAUCAAUCCGUUUUAGUUGCUCGCGAUUUGUGGGCUGGUCUAAACUCGGUACCUACCGUUCUUGCGGAUUUGACGCCUGGGGAACUCCUUAAUGCGACCUUCCCUUCUCAAUAUGCCAACACUAUGAAAUACGUAUCCGACUCCAGUAGCAUCCCGCUGUGGCUCGCCGGUGUUUACAUCGGUAGCAACUUGAUCCUAAACUCUUUAAACUUCUACUGGUUCUUUAAGAUGAUUGAGGCCGUUCGCAAGCGGUUCGACCCCAAGGAACAGGAGAAGGAAACAAAGGUAAAGGCUGAGGAAGUAAAGGCUGCGCCGAAGAAGGCUGUUACUACCGGUGUUCAACUCGAUGGUGCUGAAUUAAAGACUCGUCCUCGCCGAGGCACUCUACUAGAUGGUGAGGAGGGAGAUGAGCCUCCACCAAUCUAAAUUUUCCGAGCGGAGAAUUAUUGAUUCUUUAAAUGAAAGCUUCACACGUGGCAUUGCAUCGUGAGUAACUUCAUUUAACAUAGAAUCCCAAUACUAGCCUAUCCCUCCUCCCUUAUUACGAAAAAUGUUUUCGUAUUGGACGAGGUUAUGGCGACUAUAUUAAAGACGCAAGAGUCUCGACUACAUGUACUACGAUGACGCGAGAAUUACCUACCUAGGUAAAUCAAGGGAAGACGAAGGGCAGCAGUCAUAGGUUCCGAAACUCGGUUCUUGGCUGUGAGCUGUGAAUGGAUUUGUUACGAUAUGAUAUGAUACGGUUAAGAUGAGGUGCAUCAGGCUUGAGAGGAAGUUCCACGACAGUUUGUAAAAUAAUAACACGUACCCGUUAAGGAUGACGUACAUAUAUGUAGCUCUGGCAUCUCACAGAGCUGCAUGAUUGUGUCACUUCUAAAUAGUUAUCUAGCUGAUUUCUCCCUAAUAAUAAUAAUAACUAACAAAAA